AUGCCAACUAAAAACGCGUCUUUACCACUACAGCAAUCAUAUCGUCUCAAUACCAAAACAUCGACGCAAUCCUUGAGUAAUAGCAGUAACUUGAUGAUGAUCAAUGAUAGCAAAAUUUCGGUUGAUUCAGACACAGGCACUGCGAUCCACGAUCAGCAACCGCCCUUCACCUUGAGAGUCGUCAAUCCUGAUUUCUAUGAAGAGGAUAAUGAGCCACACACCACUGAUCAUCAGUACAAGCCAUCAUUGAGUAGCAUCAUCUCUUCGCCUGAAAUCCAGCAUACCCUAAUACAACAGCAACAACAACAGCAACAACAACAACAACAACAACAAAUCGUUGUAGUACCACCUCCAAAUGCUUGGCAAGGUAACAACAAGGAAGAUUCUGCUAUCUCUGAACAGCCCCCACAAAUUCAAGAAUACAAACCUACCGUCAUAAGAAAAGUAUCAAAGACAUUGGUUGAGCAACACCCCCCUCCUCGCUUUCAAUACAAAAAGAACAUGGAAUUAGAAUUAUUGCCACCUUUGGCAUCAUUGCCUCCAUUGCUGACCAUUGAUGAAUCAUACCUGCUCUCCCCUACAACCGACACCAGCAGUAGUAGUCCAUCCAGUCCUCCACCUCAAUUACCGCAGCAUCACCCUGACUUCUUCCCGUCUUCACCAACGAAAAAGAGCUCGGCUUCUGUUGCUCAGCAAUCUGUGAGUGCCAUGGUGAUUACAACAGCGAAUGAGGAAUUGACCAAAUCACCUGAUGAAAUUGAGCAAGAGGAAUUGAACAAGAAACUAGAGUCUUCCUCUAUUAAUCAGCAUCAUCAACCAGCAGAUCACCGCCGUCAAAGUCUAGAUCUGCUAAGAGAACAAAGCCCUCCCAACUCGCAUGUUCGUCCACCUUUGACACAACACGCUCGUAACCCUUCGCUGACACCAUCUCUGACACCUUCUUCCAUUUACCCAACGCACAUGCACCAACAACAGCAGCAGCAAUCUUCCUCUAGAUACUCCAAAGCAUCCUAUAGCCUUACCAAUCAUCCAGAUGCUAUCAAACUCUACAGAACCAUGGCUCUGAAAACAAAAGAUCGCACAGUACAACUCACCUACGCAAAAUACCUCUUGGAAGUGGCCAGUCUUUAUGAUGGACAAAGGCGCCCAUUCAGACCCAAUUUGUCUCUCAACUUACCUCUAUUGAAGCGCUCUCGUCGAGGCAGCAGUGCGACGACAGGUUCAGGUAGUAUCAGUCGUCCUGCCAGCAUCAACAGCCGUCGCAGCAGUGUGGAUACCCACAUCAGCGUCAAUACACUCAACACCAUGCGUCGCGAUUCUACUUUGACUCAAACUCCAUCGUUUGACGACGGCGAAGAAGCAGCCAGUAAGCGCAAGAAGAGAAAGAUGUUGGAAGAAGAGGGUGUGCGAUGGAUCAAAAAGCUAGCCAAAGAGCAUGUGGGCGAAGCUGCUUAUUUGCUGGCACUCUGGUUUGACCGCGGCAUGUACGGAUUCAGAAAAAGUGCUACCAAGGCACUCAAGUUUUAUGAAAUUGCGGCAAACGAAAAGGUGCCUGAAGCCAUGUUUGCUGUGGGUCAAUACCACGAAAGAGAGCAAGAUUACAUGACCUCGUUUCAACUGUACGAAGAUGCAGCUAGUCUGGGCCUCGUGGAAGCACUUUAUAGAAUUGCCAUGAUCAAUCUGAAUGGUGAAUUCGGUUCUAGACGCAAUAUCACAGGGGCAAUCCAAUUACUAAUGAAAGCAUCCGAGAAAUCAACUGGGACAUGUCCAGAAGCACCUUAUACCUUGGGAUUACUCCUUACAAACGACUAUCCCUCUAUCAAUAUACCCAGCGAAUUAAUACAAAAUUACGGUGGCACAUUUGCUGCUACAACAUACCUUGAACAUGCUGCCGAAAUGGGCCUGUCAGCUGCACAAUAUCGUCUUGGUUACAUUUACGAACAAGGCUUAUUUGGUAUCCGCAUCAACAUUGCUAAAGCCUACAACUACUAUGAACUGGCAGCGAAUAACAACAACAAUGUGUACGCCAUGUUGGGUCUCUGUCGCAUCUGUAAUCAAGGUGUUAAAGUUCCACCUGAGCAAUUGGAAGAACAGCUGGCUAUUUUCGAGCAAGACGAAUCCAAUUGGACUAGAACUCAACCUCGAGAUGAAGAUGCAGCAUUCAAAUGGUGUCAUUUAGCUGCAGAUCAGAAUCUGCCUGAUGCAUGCUACUUGUUAGGAUGGUACUAUGAAAUUGGCAUUGGCGUUCCAAGAGACUUUGCUCAAGCCCAUCAUUAUUAUUCCAAAGCAGUCAAGAAGGGCAACCACAAAGAAGCACGAGAUCGAGUCAACCUGUUGGAAAGUCUUGUCAAGCACCAAAAGAAUGAAAAGAGACGCACCAUGCAGGACAAGAAACUCUCAGUAUUGUCUGUAAAUCCUGCCGCCAACGGCAAGACUAAUAAUAGCAAUAGCAAAGAAUCACAAUGUGUCAUCAUGUGA